ACAGCCUGCCUGCUGCUGCCUGGGCUGCCAACACGUCAGGUGCAUCAGGUGUGCAGACGGACUUUUGUAAGCCGCUCAACCUUUCUUUAGUAUCUACGCAUUUUUUAUAGAUUAUUAGUUCUAAUAACAAGCUAUAAAUAUAUCUGACAUUGAUGUCGCCUCUUUUUUCAGAGUUUUCCGAUGCGAGCUAGUUUACACAGUUUACACAGUAGGGAGCGCAUACGUCGUUAAUGGCGGCGGCGAAUGGCGGCUGCUACCAUAGCGCUGCUACAUUGCUGCUACAAGAAAUAGCGGCAGUUAAUUCAUUUUACUACAAAGUCUCCUUAAUUUAUUUUAGUUUGGUGUAAGUUAAGACGGUUCUACGUCAACAUGGGCGUUGUUAGCAUCCACCAGUUCCCGAUUCCCGAAGGCAAAAGUGGGCAGCAGGCGACAGAACUUCUUCAGAAACGCCUCGAAACUCUGGGCGCAGUUCGCGAGGGGGUCUUCUGCGUGGACUGCGAGACCUUCUACAGCGCACCGAACAUCAAUCCGAGUCGUUCCGUGAACAUCAUCCACGACACGGAGCACCCGGCGACCUGCUUUGCGUUGCUGGACACGGGCUUGUGCCUCGUGGCCGACUUGACCUUCGAUAUGCUGAUGCUCAAGAUGGCGGGCAUCUACAGCCCCAAGAAGUCCACCAAGAUGGAGGCCAAGGGCCCGCGCUACGAGGUAGCCGACUUCCUCGUCAAAGUGGGCAGCGUCUCCAUGGGACCCAGCUUCCGGGGCAUACUGGUCGAGGUGGAGUACCUUCCGUGUGUGGUGCCCUCGAGCUGCUGGGACCUCAUGCGAGAGUUCCUGCAGGGCUUCAUGGGUACUGCAGUGCAGGGACCACCCCAAUAUCUCCAGGGGCGCAUGAAUGAACUGUACAACCCCGUGGACACGGUGCAGCAGUACAUGGACCAUUUCAACAGCUUUCGCAGGGCGUCUGUUGCAUCCAUAGCAGCAUCCGUAAAGUAGGCAUUCCCAAGUCACGGUGUGCUUCCCAUACAUCUCGGCGACGGAUCUUCAUCCGAUCGUCAACCCUUUUGUCUUUGACCCAUGCGUCGUACGUUGGGGUAGUGCUUUCAAAGUCGAUUGUUCGUAGUAAAACUUUAACACACUGAAACGGUACCAUAUUUUCUGGACUAUUACCCCCACCCAGUCUGUAAACUAAAAAAUUUCAAUUGAAAAAAACAGUUUCAUUCUCUUUUUACAGUUUGCAUUUAGUGCAUGUCUGCACCUGGUGCUUAGUCCAGACAAAAAAUAAUCCCAUACAGAGCACAGUUUGAGAAAUUCCUUAUUUAUUAGUGUACAAAGCAGCUUGUAUCACCCAGAAAUCAUGAUGAAUAUGAUCUGUCAUGCACAAAAUCCAUUACAUCUUGACAUAAUGAACGAUUUUGAGAAACAAAUCCUUGUACAGUUCGCACCCUUAGAAUUUUAGAUGAUCUGCAUUGGGUAAAAUGUAAACUUUUACUCACGUAUAGUCCGGGGACUAUAGUCUGGAAAAUACUUGACCUGCAGGAAAAUUCUCGCCUCAGCAGCUGCCCUGGGAUUUUGUCUAGGCAGUUCAGGUGGAGUCUGAUCUGGCUUGAAUUUAGAAAACUAAAUAGAAUCGAACCCUUGCCAUUCAUUUGUGAGGCCACGCCCAAUAGUUUCUCACACACUACUGGAAGAUCUGCGAGAAUGUAUGUGCUGCUCUGGAAGGACCUUGAGGUGUGUGAGAUUGGAGACAUCUUAGACACUCUAGAGUUUAGACUUCGCACCUUUUAGCAUACAUUAUUGUGGAAAAGUACUUUCUUUCUUCCUCUUGGUAGUUGAACAUUCUGCAGCAAUGCACAGAAGCCUGCACCUGAGAAGGCUUAAUGAUUGGGUAAACUAAUCUCUUUGUAUUGUCGCAUACUUAGUUUAUUACAGAACAGCAAAAGAGUGUCUUUUUUAAUCUGAGGUUGAUUGUUUUGGGUGACUGUUCUCAUUGGUCAGUGUUUUUAUGUAAAAAUGAUCAUCACUACACUAUACAUAGAAUCAUUAAACAUUGUGUUAUUACUUUCUAAAUCUGGUAGGCUGUCUUUUUUCCACUCUCUCUCUUUUUGCUUAAAGCUUUUACUAUACACGUUUGCAAGUCCGGCAUCAGGGCGCUGCCAUCUUGCUUGGCUGG